CCGCAGCCUCGCUCCGCCCCUUGCGCGCUUAUUCUCGUAGCCGGCUCCGCGGCUGAGGAGAGGGGUCGUGGUCUCGAGACGAGGGGUCGUGGUCUCGAGGCCUCCUCCGUUCUUGGGCCGAGGCGAAGGCAUGUUCCCUGCUCAGGAGGAAGCCGACAGAACGGUGUUUGUGGGAAAUUUAGAGGCCCGAGUGCGGGAAGAGAUUCUUUACGAGCUGUUCCUUCAGGCUGGGCCAUUAACCAAAGUGACUAUCUGCAAAGACAGAGAAGGAAAGCCGAAGUCUUUUGGGUUUGUCUGCUUUAAACACCCAGAAUCAGUGUCUUAUGCCAUAGCUUUGCUGAAUGGAAUUCGUUUAUAUGGAAGACCAAUUAAUGUGCAGUAUCGAUUUGGGAGCUCUCGCUCUUGUGAUCCAGCUAACCAAAGUUUUGAGAGCUGUGUUAAGAUAAAUUCACACAGCUACAGAAAUGAAGAAGUCGUGGGCAGAACUUCCUUUACCAUGCAGUUCUCUCCAAUUAAUAAUGCAGCUUUACCUCAGGAAUAUCUUUUCUUUCCGAAGAUGCAGUGGCAUGCAUAUAAUCCAGCACUGCAGCUUCCUUACUAUGAGAUGACAGCACCACUUCCUAAUAGCACUUCUGUGUCUUCCUCACUGAAUUGUGUUCCAGAUCUAGAGGCUGGACCCAGCUCUUAUGAAUGGGCACACCAACAACCAAGUGACUCUGACCUUUAUCAGAUGAAUAAACGCAAGAGGCAAAAACAAACCAGUGAUAGUGAUAGUAGCACAGAAAACAAUAGAGGAAAUGAAUAUAGCCAAAAUUUCCGAAAGUGUAAGAAAAAAAGGCACUAGUAUUUACAUUCUAAUGAAAUGUAUCUACACUGAUCUUCAUUCUCUUAAAGAAAAGAAAACUCUGUAUUCCACUAAAUGACCAAUUCCAUGGCUUUCUUGUCUUCUUUGAAAUAUAUAAUAAUAUGACCUCUGAUUUGCUAUUCAAUUUUUGUCUUGAAUGACAAAAACUUAAAAAUAAUAUAGUGUGCUUUUUGUAUUUGUAAUGGUGUUGUUAACAAGAAAUGCUCUUUGAGUUGUUAUAUUUUAGUAUUAUAAUGAACUUGCACUAAAAUAUUAAUCAAAAGUCACUUCUGAGCAUUGUAUUUUGUUAUUAGAAAAUAUAAAACUUUCCUUAAAAAGGUUAAUAUCAUCUACAAUCCUAUACUAUUUUAAAUUAUCAAUUUUCCCAAUGUUAUAUCUUUGAGUUAAAAAUUAUUUAAAUUAUUUUCCUUCAGUAUUUAAAUUAUCUUUCCAAUUUUAAUUCUCCACUCUCAAAAUCUAUUUAUUUAAAUAUAUGUGUACACAUUCUGCUUCAAAUGCUAGAAGCUUGGAAUUUGUGAACAAUCAUCUUUUUAUUCUCACAUUCACUACUUUAUUCUGUAAAUGAGUUUCUGUAAUACUGAAAAACAAGGCAGUUGAAGAACAAGACGGAAAUUACAUUUAAACUUGGUCAAAAAGAUGAAUGCAGAACACACCCUGAAAUCUUUGCUGAAAUGACACGUCCUGAGGUAUGGUUUCAAAUGUAUUGCUGUUAUAUACAUACAAGUAUAUCACCUUUGAAAUAUUAGCAUUGAAUGCAGCUAUAAUAAGAUAAUAACUAAUUUAUUGUUACAUGAUUAUUAUAAAAUUCUGAUGUAAAAAUGUUUUUGGUAACAGUUUAAUGAAAGAAACAGCGUUAAGAAUUAUUACUGUUCCUUUAGCACCGUCCACGUGCUGGGGCAUUGUACACUGACGUGUAGUCAACCCCUUCCUUUGUAUUGCUAAAAUAAUAACUGAUGGGUGAUUAGAGAGUGAGAUCUCUCCCUAUUGCCAGAACAUCCAAAGCGGCAUCCCCAGACCAUUUUCUCCUGUGCCUACAGAGCAUACCCACCAGGGUGUCUCAUUAGCACUGCAAUUCAACACUUUCAAUUUUACCCUAAUUUUUUUCUCUCCAGAUAUUUUCUUCUUUGACCAGCUUGGGCCAAUAUUCUACUAUGGACCAGUUGCUGGAGGGUUUCGACAAUUGUUGACCUCGUUUCAAUGACUUAACAGAGAGCUGUUCAGUCCGUCUUAGCCCACUUGCAUGCUUCAGUGGUAAGGAAGCACUCUUGAUGUCAGGCACUUAGAGAAAUGAAAAUAGGCCCAUUUAUCAGGAUGGUGAACAAAAUGAAAAGAUAGAUGUGACACUGGUUUUUCAGCUUCAUCUCAAUUUAAAUAUAUUUAAGAGCUGGGUGUAUUCUCCCUUAGGGUAGAUGUGGCCUGUGGCAGAUGUGAUUUCAGUAGCUAUUCCCCAAGGAUGACUUGGCUGUUUGGUUCCCAGCCUUCCCUCUCUCUAGGAAGGGGCGGAAGGCUGGAGGAGUAGAGUUGGCUCCUAUAAUAUCAUCCUAAAGAACCGAUGGCACACCAACUGCAGCCACUCUGGUCUGUGUUGAAAGCUCAGGAGCUUUAGAGUGUCCAUAUCCUACCACUGUUUUCUGUUUCUGUACAUCCCAGUAAAGCUAGUUAAAUCAGAAUUGAGUUUGUCUCUCAUUAAUUUACUUACCAUCAAGAAAAGUAAAUUGAUAGCAUGGGUGUGAUGUUGGUGAAAAAUGAGCAUAAUAUAUAAAUCUCUAUAGAAAUCACAUUUAACUUCAGAAAGCUCAGAAAAACCUCUUUUUAACAAAGAUGAUAUCUACCUCGAUACCUCAAGCCCACAAAAGUUCAGUGAGCACAGCCUCUCCAGUCUGCACUAAGCAAUAUUUGCUGAAGUGGUUAGUGAUGAUGUUUUUCUGCCCAAUCAGGAUGAGAUCUAUGAGGUCACAUGUCACCCCAACUGACUGUGGGCUAAGUCUCUUUAUUCCCAAUCAUGCCCAGCCUGCAAAAAUUACUUCAUGUACAUGCAGAAACUCCCUUAGCAAGUGAGACAAGUGAUCUAUUAUCUGGUUCCUGGUAAAACUUACUUUUGAGCUUCCAGUACUACCUUGUUACAUUAUCAACAGGUUAUGUAUUGAUUAAGAAACACACAAGCUACUUGCAUUGUAAUUAGAGAAUAUAACCAGUAGGUAAGGAUACUAAUACAUUUCCUGUGUUAUAAACCCUGGGAAGGAUUGAGCCCAAAAAGCCUGUAUAGUAUCUACUGCAAGGAACCUGGAUCUAACAAUAAUUGGCACAGCUACUUGACCUUGCUUGAGGAGCUUAAUAAAUGAAGACAUUUUUAGAUGCAUACUGUUGAUCAGUCCAGCACACUAGCUGAAUCCUAAAAAUUAAUGUCUUUGCUUCUAUUUUUAAAUGAGAAAAAUGGUAAUAUCCUGGAUAGAAAAAUAACCCUCAUCUCAACCACCUAUCCCAGGCUGAAAGUAUCUUCAUUAUUUUAUUCCACCUCCAAGUCAAUCACAAGUGAAACAUUGCAGACUCUCCUGCAUGCCAAUCAAAACCCUGGGAGUUACUCUCUAGACAAUUUCCUUCACUUUGUUUCUAAGUGGUUAUUAGCUCGUCAUUGUGAAUUUGUCCAGGUUCUGUUCAUUUCCUGCUGGGAAUUUUCAUUAAGCAAACCAAUCAACAAUGAAUGAAUAUCAUUCUAAACAGAGAUUUUGGUGCUGAGGUUACAUCACUGAAAGAGUGUGGUCCCAACAUUCAAGGAGCAUGUGGUCUACUAGCAUAGCUCGACAGUUAGGUAAUUUCAAGAUAACAUUAUAAUAUAUAUAUAUAACAUAUAUAUAUAACAUAUAUAUAACAUGUAAACACACACUGCAGUAGGAGUGCAUGAGAGUCUCCAUUCCUCUGGGAGGACAGACUUGCCUGCUCAUCCAGCUACAUUAUUUUAGACGUGUUUCUUUGUAUCAGAGAGAUUUUCAAUUAAGACAUAAAUUCAAAGAUUUCUAUUUUCUGAGGCCUCUGGAUUUAGGGCAGUUGUGUCUUUGGAAUAUCUGUGUACUGCAUUACACAAAGGCUUUAGAAUACUCUAUCCUUCCUUCCGAGUACCUAGUUCUACUUUAGCCCACUUAACUUUUGAAGGGAAGUCUUCUCUGGCUCCUAUCAAGUCCUAAAUAUCAGCCAAGAAAUGGCUCCAAUUGGGCCAUUUCUUGAUCAUUUGGAGGAGGGCCUGGGAGAGGGUCUGGCUGUUUAUAUACUCAGUGAAGAGGAUUUUCUCCAGGGGGCCACCUGGCUUGUCAUAUGACUCUAAUAUAAUCAGAGGUGGGAAGGACACUCUUUGGUAGCCCUAUGAGUGGGAUUGUGGAUGGCCACCCAUCUUUCUAUUGCUAGUUCUUCUCUGGAUGCAGUAGGAUCUCCAGAAAGUGGGGGUGAAAAGGGUUUUGUAAUUUAGAAGGUCAGCUGCUGUACAGGGUUCAUGAAUUCUUUGUGGUGGGGAUACAGGGAACCUGCAUAAUGGGGAUUUCAUAGGAAGGCUUGAGGCUGGUUGGGCCUGAUUGUUUUAGGCCUGAUUACGGAGUCACCGAAAGUAGGUGGAAUCAAAAGGGAUUGGUAAAAUGAGCCUUGCUGUGCAUCUCUGGGGCUUCAGCUAGAGCUACUUCUUGGUUGACACUAGCCACAUGAAUGACUUGACUGCCUCAUGUUCUGAGGUCAGUUUUAAAAGCCUCCUAUAAUUGUUGUAAGGAAAGAGAGGUUAAAGCAGGUGUUAGGUGGUCAAGAGAUUUUCUGGGGAAGCCAGAGAAGUUUGGGGGAUUAAAAGAAUUGGUUGAAGAAGUGGGGCUGGGCUUGGAAGCACGUAGAUUUGGGACAGGGGUCCAGAGAUCUAAAAGAUCUUCUGGGGGUCAGGAACAGGGAACUGGGGCUAAAGGUGAGUAUAGGAGGGAGGCAGAGGAGAAUUUAUGGUGAACUUAAAUUUUUGUCCUAAGUCUGACUUCUGCUGUUUUCUUUUGUUAAGGGAAUCUUUUAAGCCAGUCGUAAUACAUUUUUGUGACCUGCUUUCAAUUUGAUCCUCCCAGAGGUACCAAGAGGGUAUUUGUUUAGGAUGAGAGCUCUCUAUAAAUCCCCUUAAAUAUGAAAGUUUUAUAAAUCAUAGGACCCAUUAUCUGGCCACCGACACUUAGGAUCUGCAUAAGUAUACCUGUUCAAAUGUAACACAAACCAAUAAGUCUCUUUUUGGGAAGACCUGGAGGUAACCUUCCAGGCUUAGAAUAUGAUUUAACUAUGUACACAAGAGGUGUCCCUGAAGAGGGCACAGAAAAUGCAGCCUCCGUAAUCCAAAGUCACUCCCAAAUAUAGCUGGAAAGAAGGAGAACAAGUUGCUACCGGCAGUAAGAAUGGUACUCCAGUCUCGCACAAAAGGGAGACACCUCUAAUCAGGAACCAUCUAAUCCAUGAUUCCGGAUGGGUAAUACUGAGAAAGGAAUCUCAACACUACAAAGGCAGUGAGAUAGGAAAGUUUUUAGAUUAGACAAUUCCCUGAGAGCUGAUAAUGGUACCUCGUGUCUCAGAACCCUGACCUGACAGUCAGCCUCAUGCAGGCACAGACCCUAUAAUCUGCACCUCCAGCAGGCAGAAAAUUAGAGAGAAUGCUCUUUCUGGAGCUAGGCCAAGCUCUCAGAACGCAAAAUCAAGUUGGAAGGAGGGCCUCAUCCAGUUUUAGAGGUGACUCACAGAAAAGUUCGUCCAAGUGAACAGCAGUCCAGCGAGAAUCGCAAACUCACUGGCCUAUGAGGCCAGCUCAAACUACAGAUUUAUAAAACCUAUGCCUGUAUUCUACCCUAUGAUUCUCAUUCUUAUGAAAAACACUUUUAGACAGCACAAUACAAAACAGUAACACAAAAGACAACGACAAAUGGACACAAUGAUUAUCCCUGGGAAAGACUAAUCCAAACCAAGAAUCACAAUACCCAGAGAACUAGUUCUAGCCAAAAAGUUUUUUUCUUGUAAAUCUAAAUUAUGGAUAUUUCCCUUUUUAAAAGUCAAGGGAAAUUUCUUAUUGGCCUCACUUAAUUGGACACUUAGCAGAGACCCAAGAGUCUGACUGGUAAGAAAGCUUACUUUCUCUGGCUUGGUUGGAGGUUUCAAAAUCUCAACUGCAGGGACUUCCCUGGCGGUCCAGUGGUUCAGACUUUGCCUUCCAAUGCAGGGGGUGCGGGUUCGAUCCCUGGUCAGGGAGCUAAGAUCCCACAUACCUCGUGGCCAAAAAAACAAACAUAAAACAGAAGCAAUAUUGUAACAAAUUCAAUAAAGAUUUCAAAAAUGGUCCACAUAGAAAUGGAGCUAGAGACUGUCAUACAGAGUGAAGUUAAGUCAGAAGGAGAAAGACAAAUAUCGUAUAUUAACGCAUAUAUGUGGAAUCUGGUACAGAUGGUACAGAUGAACCUGUUUGCAAGGCAGAAAUAGAGACACAGACAUAGAGAACAAAUGUAUGGACACCAAGGGGGGAAAGGGGGAGAGGGAUAAAUGGGGAGAUUGGGAUUGACACAUAUACACUAAUAUGUAUAAAACAGAUAACUAAUGAGAACCUGCUGUACAGCACAGGGAACUCUACAUAGUGCUCUGUGCUGACCUAAAUGAGAAGGAAAUCCAACAAAAAGAGGGGAUAUAUGUAUACAUAUGGCUGAUUCAUUUCGCUAUAAGUAGAAACUAACACAACAUUGUAAAACAGCUAUACCCCAAUUAAAAAAAAAAAACUCAACUUUAGGCUCCAGAGUGAGUGGGGAGCCUGGAAUAACCCAUCCUCAUUAUCAGAACUGUUGGGAGAAAACAGUUCCCCUAUCAACUUAUGUCCAAGUGGGUGGGGACCUGUGAAUUAAUUAACAACAUACAGAUCAACAAGAUGUAUUGGAGUUUUCUAGAGAAACAGAACCAAUAGGAUUGGUUGGUUGAUUGGUUGUAAGGGAUUGUCUCACAUGAUAUGGAGGCUGACAAGAUCUGCAGUAGGCAAGCUGGAGGUUCAGCGGAGCCAGUGAUGUAGUUCCAGCCCAACUCAAUGCCUGAGAGUCAGGAGAGCCAAUGGUGUGCUUCCAGUUUGAAGGACAUUAAAAAACCAAUGUCCCAGCUUCAAAGCUGCCAGGCAGGAAGAAUUCCCGCUUAUUCAGGGAGAAGUCAACCUUUUGUUCUACUCAGGACUGUAACAGAUUGAUGAGGACAACCUACAUUAGGGAGAGCAAUCUGCUUUACUCAAUCAAUUUAAAUAUUAGACUCAUCCAAAAACACCCUCCCAGAAGUACCCAGAACAAUGUUUGACAAAAUAUCUGGGCACCCUGUGGCCCAGUCAAGUUGACACAUAAAAUUAGCCAUCACAUAGGAGGACAGUUUAAUCCACAUGCAUGUGGGAACACUAUAAGGAGGGGCUCCCCAAAUUGCCAGAGGUCAUGGUUUAUACACCAGUUUAACAAAAGGGGAGGGGUGUUUUAGAGCUUCAGUGGGAAAGUAUAGAAGUUUUUAUCAGGCUUGUUUACACAAUUUUUCAUCCAGGUGCUGGGGGCAGCCUCCUUCUGAGCUGGAAACUCCCCCUAAGCAGAGUUAUGGCAGUUGAACUCUCACAUCCCAGUGCUAAGGAUCAGUCUUCUCCCAAACAGGAAACUCCUUCAGAGAGGGGAUUAUGGCUCUGCUUAAGUCAGUAACGGGAAGUUUAGAUAAGGUUUCUUUCUGAGGCCGCUGUUUGUUCAGAUGUUUUUAGUUUAAAGUAAUCCUUAUACCAUUCUGGUGGGUGGUUGGUCCCUUUAUUAGCAAAUUCACUUGUCUGUUUAUAUUUAUGUAAGGAACCUGAUACUACAUUUUGAAAAAAAAAAUUAGUCUUUCUUAAGUGGCAAAAUUCAGUAACCCUUAAAUUCUGUUUAUUAUGAGCUAAGGUGUUUUGGGCUCAACUAACACAUGCCUCUGUAUGCAUGGCCAGACAUUUUUUAAUUGUCCAAAUGUCUGUACAACACUUGGUCUGAAAAAUUGUCAUCUUUUUUUAACCAGAGAUUCUUAAAUAAUCAUAUUGCUUUAAAAUUGAAUUAAAAUCGCCUGGGCUUAAAACAUUAUCCCUAGGUAGUAGCAAAGCUCAGGGCCAUACAACCAGAUUUUGGAUGACAGAUCAGACCAGUCAUUUGCCCCAACUUGCCCUAACUCAGAAUAUGUGCACAAAGAUAGAAUCUGAUUAAAAUAAACAUCAUACCCAGGAAACAAGAAGAUAAGAAAUUCCAAAUGUCAGCCUGUGGGUUGUAUGUGAACAUAGGAGAGAGGCAGUUACAUGCCAUUACUUUGAUGAAAGUCUCAGAUCUGUCCUUAUCACAAAUUGGUACCACCUCCAGCUUCUGCCCACAGAUUAUCCAGCUGCCCAUGCAGCAGUUUCUUUCCUCCUCGUCCCCCAUCAAAGUAGGACUAAGACAAUCAUUCUGGUCCACUGUACCACAGAAGUAAUUGGGAACCUUAUGAAAGAAUUGUGCAGUUUACCAUAAUGUACUUUUCUGAAGAACACUGAAGAUGAAUUCACUGAACUGCUUCAAAGAACUAAAUCUUCAGGCGAUAGCAGAAUAGAACAUCAGUCAAACUUUGUUUAGUACAGAUGUUCAUUACUUGGUUUGGGGAGUAUGAAUGAAUGAAUGGGUGAAUGAUUAAUGAAUGAAGGAAUAAGGGACUGAAGCUGUAAGAAGCUAAUAAUCUGAAUAACUAUUACUUAUUCAGGCUGCUGUGUGCCAGACAUUAGUCCUGAGAAAAACACCUGUAAAUGAAGAAGCUGAAGUUUAAUUGCCCAAAAAUGCACAUCUUCUUUCAGCAGAGAAAAGCUAGGAUAUAAGUGUCAUGGGACCUGUUCCAGGGCUCUAAAUAUACUACCACGCUAUUGGUACUAAAGAUUUACUGGCAGAUCCAGAAUAACUGAUUGGUGCGUUUUUUUGUUUUUUUUUUUUUUUUGGUCCGCGGGCCUCUCACUGUUGCGGCCUCUCCCGUUGCGGAGCACAGGCUCCGGACGCGCAGGCUCAGCGGCCAUGGCUCACGGGCCCAGCCGCUCCGCGGCAUGUGGGAUCUUCCCGGACCGGGCACGAACCCCUAUCUCUUGCAUCGGCAGGCAGACUCUCAACCACUGUGCCACCAGGAAAGCCCUGAUUGGUGCUUUUAAAUGGAAAUUUGUUAACAGCUAUCAUAAUUACCUCUUUCUAGAAUUGAUUUCAUUGUCACUUCUCCUAGAUACAAACCUGGACCUAAUGGUCAGUGUGACUAAAAAUGAGGCUCUGUGUAAAGGCUCUGCCUUAACUUAGUAUAAAUUUCAAAUCUACUAAGGUUACUUUGGGUAAAUUAAAUGGAGGCUUUCCUGCAAAUAUCCUUUGGAAGAGAAUCAUUUUAUGACAAAACUGCUUUUACAUUCUUUGAUCCCCUAAUUUUCCUAUUUUAGUCCCAUAUUUCCUGAAGUUUCAAUUCUUUUUUCUCCACAUAACAUUCACCACUGAGAAAAAACAUGAGAAAUUUUAAAAGAGCAAGUGGAAUGUGUGUGUGUUUGUGUAUGUGUGUGUGUGUGCACGUGUGUGUGUGUGUGGAUGGGUGUCUGUGUUUAAGAGUUAUCGGUAUCAAAAAAAUCAAACAAAAAACAGAAAUUAAAAGAAUUUUUAAAUGCAAGACAACACCUACAAAGAUGAAUGACGAUGAAACGACAUACUUCACUUUUAAUUUUUGCUUGGUUAGUUUUUAUGUCACUUGCUUAAAGAAACCUAAACUUGAGGCAUAUUGACUGUACCGAAAUUUGAAAGAAAGGUACAAUAUAAAGCAGGAUUUUUGUCUGGAGAGAGUAGCCAGCUCCCUGACAAGAGGACUUACAAGGUGGAAUUGUUAAAUUUAAUACAAAGAGCAGUCUAUGAAGAGUCUGUUCCUCCAUUUCAAAGUUCAGAAACCUGAUUAUAUCUGCACACCUAUUGCGAAUUGACUCACUUUAAAUAAUCUCAUUGAAAUACCAAUUCCUUACCACCAUUAUCCACACUAUAGCAGCCAAAGGACACUGGUUCCUUAGUCAUGAAUGUUUGAAGCAGCUAAAUGUACAAAACCCAAGCCUACCCAAUCAGAGCCUCUUGGUGCCUUCAACUUCUGGCCAAAACGACUUGAUCAGAAUUGGCACCCAAUCCAGGAUGGCUCAAUCAUGGUCUCUUCCUCUGGAAAAGACGAAAGGGAAAGAGAAGGAAUGGCUGUAUUCAGAAAAUGUAAAUUCAGGAGAUGUCUGUAGCAGUUUUCAUCUUGUGUGUAAGGAAAACAGAUAAAGUCCUUUACAGAAGAGAAUAACAUAGAUAUGCAGAGAAACAAAAGAGAGUAAUAAAGGCAUUUGGGACCGUGGUUCAAAUAAUCUACCUAAGAAUCUGUAGUUUUACAAUAAAUUUCCUCUCUUUGCUUAGGUCUUUGAUUUAGAUUCUAAAUAAUAUACUCCUUAAAUCCAAGCAUUUAUUGUAAAAUAAGGAUCAUAGGUCAAGCUGGUAGUGAUCUCUGUGUCAAAAUCCAAUCUGUUACUUAGGGUAAGUGGCUUAACUCUUCUUAUUUUGGUUUUCUCUUUAGAAAGAUUAUGGUAAUCUAUGUUUCUAUCAGCAGUAUUAGUCACUUCUAGCUGCUAUGUCAAAUUAUCAUAGACUGGGUGUCUUAUAAAUAAAUAAAAUUUAUUUCUCAUAGUUCUGGAGGAUGGACAUCCAGGGUGUUCUCUAGUGAGAACUCUCUUCCAGGUUGUAGGCAGUGACCUUCUCAUUGUUUCCUCACAUGGCAGAGAGCAGAGAGGUGAGGCAAGCUUUCCCAUGACUCUUAUAAGGGCACUAAUCCCAUUCAGGAGGGUUCCACCCUCAUGACCUCAUCUAGUCCUAAUUACUUCCCAAAGGUUCCACCUCCUAACACCAUGACAUUAAGAGAUAUGGUUUCAACAUAUGAAUUCUAGAGGAACACAAACAUUCAUCCAUGACAAUGUAAGGUAGCUCAUUUUCCAACAAUCUUACCCUCACUAGAUAUUUAAUUUCUUUUAUAAUUGCCAGUCUCUAAUAAGCCAAGUAUGUUAUCUUGUUGUUGUUGUUACUUUAUUAUAAAUGAAAUUUAUGAGGAAAAAGAGGGAGAAUAUUUUAUUUUAAUUAUUGAUCACUUCCUGGUCUGUGUAAAUGAAGUUCUUUGUCCAUUUUGUCUAGUGGGGACUCAUAUUUUUCUUAAUUUUCUUAGUUAUUUUAAGUGAGUCCUUUAUGAAAGGAAUACUAACCAUUGCAUUCAUAGUUGUUACAAAUGUACUUUCCCUGUUUGUCAAAUCUUGUUUGGGGACCUUUGAACUGAAGAAUUUACAAUUUGUUCUCAAGUCUGUCAUUCUUUUCCUUUGUGGUUGGUACCUUCUUUGGGUGUCAUUCUUAGGAAGGCUUUUUCAUUAUUAAAUUAUGUGACAUUUUCUAGCUUUACCUCUGGCAUGUUAUUUCAUAUUUAGCAUUCAAAUAUAUAAUAUAAUCUAUCUAGAAUUAAUAUUGUUGUGUGGUAUAAGUUAAAGAUCUAACCUAUUUAUUCUCCAAAUAGUUAAAAAUGACUCCUCUGUUACAUAAUAAAUUCUUACUUGUUCGUGUUUCUGUGCUUUUUACUAUAUUCCAUUGAAGUAUUUGGCUUUAAAAAAAUACUACAUUGUUUUAAUUACUCUAGCUUCAGAAUAUAAUCUUCACAGGCUUUUGUAUCUCCAUAAAACAUUAAAAUCAGUGCAAUUUUAUUGCAGUUAAAAUUUGUUUUCCUGCUUAUUUAAUCUUAUUGAUGUAAGAUAGUUUAAAUUCAAGAACUAUUUACCAGUAAUUAAAUAAGGAACCUAGCAAAAUAAUCACCUUGAAGGGUUAAUUUUGCUUAGGAUUCCUUUUUUCCUUCUUUUCUAAUAUGAGUUAAAAUAUCUACAGAAUUUUUUGAAGUCCUGGCAACUUAUUUUGAAAAUAUAUAUGAGAAGGCUGCCCUCUUGUGUCAAUGUAAUUUACAUUUUAUCAGUCAUUCCAGUUUUAAGUAGUCUCUAUUCAGGGUGAAAAGGAUAAAACAAAAUCAAUAUUUUUGAACGUUUAUAUGACUGUGUCAUUAGAAAUAAAUUAUAAGGGAAAGUGAGCAAUAUAAUAUUGCUUUAUUUUUUCUUCUCUCUUCUUUGUUCAAUUGGUAGCUCUUGUAACAUGAAACUUUUUUUUCUUCAAGUUCUCUUCCUAUUAUAAAAAUGUGCCAACCCUAGUUCCAGUGGUAUUGACACAUAAUACUUUAAAAGGACUAAACAUCCCCAAGUCCUUGAAUAUUUAUAUCUAUGUAAGACAAGUUUUUCCCCACAGAGAGACCUUCAAUGGUAUAGCCUUUUAGCAUCCAGAAACCAGGAAAAGGCUAAUCUGGAAUUCAUAUAACAUGACCUCCGGCUCAAGAGCAGGAAGUACUAGAGUUAUAACAGGAUGGUGUAGUUAUUACAGGUGGACAUGCAAAUAUUCUGUCUUAAAUGAACAUGUACAUGAAAGUUAUGGAAUUCAGAAGUGGAGGAGAGACUGACAGAGUUAUCUGUUCUCUCUGGGCUGUUAGGUACAUGAACACCAGAAAUAUCAACAGCAGCUUCAACUGAGAAAUCUUCAGAGGAAGUUUUCUCUAGCUGAAACAAAUGUGAAAGCAGGAAGACUUUGAAGGUCUAAGCAGUUCUACAACAAAUGGUAGAAGCAACAAGGCUAAAAAUACCUUCCCACGUGUGGAGUCCACAUUACCUGACAAAGCUCCCCUUUAAUACAGCAAUAAAGAGCAAGGAAGUGAAAAUGAAGAGGGUUUUCCAGAUUGCAAAGAAAAGCUUUCAACUUUGCAAAUGUCCACACUUUCUAAGACAUUAGCAAUGUUUUGAUUGCCACUUUGGGAAAAAAAAGGGGUAUGUCUUUGUGGACUUUACCCAGAAAUGUGGUAAAUGCUUGUAUCAAAAUAACCCUCCUACAGGAAUGAGUUGAGGUUUACAAUUUAUGUAUCUAUACAGUGAGCAUCGACUAUCUGGUAUUAAAUGGAUAGCACUAGCAUUCUGUCAGAGCUGAAACCAGGAUGCCCUACCCAUCGUCCCAUCUACCCAUCGCUACUCAUUUACAGCUAAGUCUCUUGCAAUAGACUUUGGCAAUGCUAAAUAUUGAGUUCUAUAAUAAUAGUCCUCAUGGCUAGGAAUUGGCUUUUUUCUAAAUUUGCGGAGGGUUUGGUCAGUGCUGGGAUAUUUAUGAGCUUCCUAUUAACUCUUGAACUCUUUCAAAGUUGAGGUACAUCAGAGACUUGGUGGGAAUGAACUCACCUUGAAGGACUUAUACCUAUUUUCAGUGAAAUUGUCCUGUGUCAAUUUAGCUGAACUGGAACUACAUUUCCCAGAAUUCUUGUCUCUGUAAUUCCAGUCAGGUUAGGCAUAUGGAAAACUGUAUCUGGAAGGAAAUAUGGAAGCAGCAACAAUUAGGCUUUGAAGUUGCGUGUGGGACAUCAGACACUGUUGCAGCCCACUGCCACACUGUUACUGUUCUGCAGGUUCACGUUCAAGCCCACAGCUCCUCAAUAUCCCAGGGGUCUCCUUGUUCAGUUUUUCUGAGUCCUGGGGCAGGCGUGUGUUUAGUUCUGUGUGAAGCGUCAGCUGCUUCUGCAGUCACUCACAUCAUCCUGGUUGGAAAUUCUAAGAAAUAAACAUAGGUUCCAGUUUGUCCUUGAUCACCCCACUUUCACAUCCCCCCUUUUUUUUUCUCUACUUCUGGCCGUAAUGAUCUAUAGCAACUUCAGGCUGGCUACUGGAUGCAGAGGUAACACUCUUCCAAGACUUCUCCACCAGGUUCAAUGAUAGUGCAAGUUUUAAUCCCUAGAAUAAAUCCCCAUUCCUUAUCACUCAUAGUAGUUCUUCUUCCUUGGUUGCAUCCUACAAAAUCUGGUGCCUGAAAUAGAAAUGCUGUCAUAACAAAAACCUAAAACAACUGCCCCUGGCUUUGGGACAGCAUGGCAGGAAGAGGGCAGCUGGCCGAAGCUGGAAGGGUCUUCCCAAGAUGAUUCGUUAAAGUUGAAGAGUCUACAGAAGACAGUGAAAAUUUGAAAAACAGUAAGAAAAUUUUUAUUGGAAAGUUUGGUAACAUAGCUCCCAGUCAUAAUGUGGAAAAUAAAUAUUUAAUGAACUCACUGAUCUAGCUGGAGAAAUUUAUAGACAGAACGUGGAAAAUUCCAACAGACUUCUUUCUAUGAUUAAAUACAAAAUGAAAGGGGGAUGGGAAAAGAAAGAGAAACUAAAGAAAGAAUUGUACCAUUUUCAUUUAGACUUUAAGAAUUUAGAGGAAAUACAAAGAAUCCAGGGAUUGUCAGGUUUGAAAAUAAAAUGGUUUUUCAUCCCUAGUUAUUCCCAAAAAAAUUCUCAAAGAAAGAAAUAGCCUCAGCAAAUAUAAAAUCCAAUGCACUGAAAGAAACUCACAGUAAAGACUGUAAAUGUGUGGCUGCUCUAAAUCCCCUUGUUGAGACCUCAAAAAAUGUAAUCGCAUGACUCCUAGGACUCUAAAGGAUCUUAUAGAUGUUGCCCCACAGCAGCCUUACUCUCUGCCUGAGGUAGAAAAGGGCCUGUCUCAGUUAAAAAAAAAAAAAAAAAAAAAAAAAUUGUGAGUGGUUUAUGCUAAUGGCAUGGAUUUUAAAAGUAAAAUACAAAGGAGUCUUUGGACCUCCCCAACCUACUAUGGACAAGAAGCAGGCUGAGGAGGUCACUUGGUUACAAAAAAAAUUGAUCAGUACAUAUAGAUAAGGACCUAAAAAGCAGAACCAAGAGCUAAAAGGCAAUGCCAAUAGCAGAGGUGAAUCAUUCCCAGGGAGCAAAACUGUCCCUGACCCUAGAUUUCAGUAACCGCUGUACCUCUCAUUCCCUCCUUAUUUGAACUGAGUUUCCUACUGCUCUUAUUUUAUCUCACCAUUGUGUGGUGGUAGGAAAACGUGUCUCUUUAGUUCAUAGCUCAUCAGAUAGAGAGGAAUCAAGCCCCAAGAGCAAGGAGGCUCGUCCACACCUGGCCUAAGCGUGUUGCUGUAGUGCAGUGAGAACUCAGAGGGGUCAUGGGAAGGACAAUGUAUUUUCUGUGUAGUCAAAGGGCAGGCAAACUACCACGCUGAUUGAAUCUGAGUGGACUCUUUGACUUCUUUGCAAAUAGAAUGUGGCUAAAAUGAUGAGAUGCUAGAUUCUGGGUCCAACUCUUAACAGACUAACAUUUCCAUUUCCUGUAUCUUGAAUAUUCACCUUUGGAGUCUUGAGUCUCCAUGUAAGAAGUUCAGCUGGAGGAACCAUGUGGAGAGGCCCUGAGACUGCAUGGAGAGAUAGAAGAGCAGAGUUGAACCCAGUCUUCCAUCAAUCUGUGCUAAGACAGGCAUAUACUUGACAUAUUUGAUUGUUUUGAAGACCAGCAGGAGAAAAGCCAAGGUUACAGCUCUGCUCCAAGAAAUAAGGAGUCCUCUCUACAUUCCCUCUCAGGCAGGGAGCCCACCUGAGUUGUAUCAAAGGACAAUGAACAAUGUGACAAUGAACAGCUUUCUUUCAAAAGAUAGUUUUAAUCACACAAGUGUCUAUAAAGGUAUUUGGUUGAGAUCUGAUCAUUGAGACUAAAACAUAGUAUUCUGGCCCACAGAAUUUUAUAGAUGGGUAGUAAAUCCAGUUGCCAGUACCAUUAAACAAAACAAAAACAACAAACACGUCAAUAUGGUUCCUUUAAGCCUUCUAAUUUUCAUUAUUUCUUGUGUUACACAAAAUAAGAUUAACUACUAUGAAAUGUGGCCGAGUGAAUUACCCUAUUGGAAGAUAUCUUUUUUUGAUAUUGUUCGUUGACAGAUCAUUUAUUAUCAGAGAUGCCAUAUUUUGGCAAAUUAUGUGGAGAAAUAAUAUCUUCCUAAUUAUUACUCAAUAACUUAAAUGAGUUACAAAGUAAAGUUAUAUAAAGACUAUGCUGAAUACUGGUUUGGUCUAUUGCAAGCGAAAUGUUUAAAGAUGAGUUGAUCUGAACAGCUGACACCUGAGUUCUUUUUAGGUGUGAGAAGUCUGUGUUUAGGAAAACACCUUGAGAAGCCACUAGAGGGCAAUAGUUAGCAGGAAGUUGGGAAAAUAAAAUGUGUCAGAACUGUGUUAAUGUAAAAUAAAAUAUAAAAUACGAAAUAAAAUGUGUCAGAAUAGGAUGGUGUGGGAGAGAGCUGAUUAAAAUGCCGUGAGACUGGACCCUUUGUUGGUGGAAAGCACCAUGAGAUAAUGUUUAAUGUUCAAUUUCAAAUUCUUACUCUGCAGUCUAGGUCAACCUAGGUCAUCUGUCCAGAACAUCAGUAAAGUCAGAUAUGCCAGAUAAGGCCUUCAGUAAAGUGUGUGUGUGUGUGUGUGUGUGUGUGUGUGUGUGUAGAAAAUAAGGAAAACUCUGUGUUCACUGUUUGAGUUAACAAGUUGUGGAGAAGUGGCAAUAAAUUAUUUGUUCUAAUUUAAAGUAGGAGUUUGAAAGUAAAGAUGACACUGACUAAGACUAUGCUGGGUAUUCCCAGAAGUCUUAGGGAGCCCCUUGAAUAUUUCAUAAGAUGUGGAUUUGGGAUUUGAAUCAAUCUUACAAUCUUAAGUAGCAGGAUAAGUUUAGUUAUCACAGAAGAUUUUAGAUUAACAUGCAUACACACACACAGACAUGUACCACACCACAGUUAUUAAGAAAAAGAUUAGCACAGGGCUUUUAAGGGUUAUUGGUUCAUGGUGGCAGAUAAAACAGUCUCAGCAGCCAAGUAGACGCUCCUUAUUACUAGAAAUUGAUUUCUAUAUCUAUCAUGUUUAUCUCUAUCUCUAAAUGUAUCUGUAUCUAUCUGCCAAAAAAUCGGGGAGAUAUAUAUAUAUAUGAGAUGUAUCAUAUAUAUCUCAGGGGUUGGUAAACUAUGAACCACAGGCCACAUUCAGCUUGCUGCUUAUUUGUUAAAUAAACUUUUAUUGUAAUAAUA